AUCAAUGCUAUAAAACCUCCAAUUUCCCUUCCUGUUGAUCAUCAAAUUUCACCCCCACAAUUCUAUUUCGCAGCAGCAGCAGUGGAACCAGCAACUAUAUAUGGCUACUUCAAAUGUACAAGAGGUUCUUCCUCCGUCUCUUGAUUCUACUUCUGAACCCCCGACUCUCUUUGAUGGAACUACCAGGUUGUAUAUCAAUUAUCAGUGCCCUUUUGCUCAGCGUAUAUGGAUUACCAGAAACGUUAAGGGAUUGCAACAUAAGAUUGAAUUAGUUCCAAUUGAUCUUCAGAAUAGGCCUGCUUGGUACAAGGAAAAAGUUUACCCGCAAAAUAAGGUGCCCGCACUGGAGCACGACAACAAAGUGAUUGGAGAGAGUCUCGAUCUGAUUACAUAUGUUGACAGCAACUUUGAGGGGCCAUCUCUUCUACCUGAUGACUCUGAAAAACAAAAGUAUGCUGAAGAGUUGAUGGCUUACAGUGAUACAUUCCUGAAAGAAGUAUAUACUUCGUUUAAAGGAUAUGUUGAGAAGCAGGCUGGACCACAAUUUGACUACUUAGAAAAAGCUCUGGACAAAUUUGACGACGGACCUUUUUUCCUUGGUCAAUUCAGUCAGGUCGACAUAGCGUAUUCUCCCUUUGUUGAAAGGUUCCAAAUCUUCUUGCAAGAGGUGUUCAAGUAUGAUAUCACAUCUGGGAGGCCAAAACUAGCAAAAUGGAUAGAGGAAGUGAACAAACUUGAUGGUUACAAGCAGACAAAAGUUGAUCCCCAGAAAGUGGUCGACUUAUAUAAGAGCCGCUUUUUGGCGUAAAACCGAAAAAUGCUUGAUCCAUCAACGUCGAUAAUUAAACGAAUAAGUGGUGCUCUGUUCAUGUCAUGGACUUGAAGGAUUCUGCAUAAGUAAUACAUAGAUAAAGUGGUCUAUGUUUGUUGUAUGUAGACUGUACUUGAGACAGCUUGUUGCUUGUGCUGGAGAUUUGUAUCAGCAUAGUUAUAGCAUUUCAGGAGUUACAGUUAUGUUGUGCGUGUGUAUCAAACUACUUAAUGAAAUAUUAUUGAUUAUUAGCCCCAA